AUGUGGAAUCUGUACGAGACUGAAGAGCCGGCCAUCCGCUUCACCGAGCAGCAGCUAGCCGAGAUACGCAAGGUGACAAUGAGUCACAUUAUGUGCCAGAACUGCGACGAGGUGGACGCCCUGCAACGCGCCCUCUUCGACAUGCCGCACGACUUCCUAAACCCUCGCAUUCCAUGCCGGUCCAUGCCGCAAAUGAACUUCGAACUGUGGAAGGAGGGCAACAACGGCGGCGGCCAGUGCAACAUCAACGGUGUCUCCUUCAGCAGAGGCACCACCAUCAGCAUCAGCCCGUGCACACGGUGCUCCUGCGCGAACGGGGGUCUGGGCCGGCUGUUCGGUCUGUAG